AUGACCAAAGAAAAAUCCAUCGGUGGCAGCAUCGGCGUUGGUGAGGACCACGUCGCCGCCGUCAUCCGCGCCAUGGCCCCGGUAGACUUCUCCGCGGCGUUUGACAAGUCCGGCGUCGCGGGCAAAGUCAUCCUGAUCACCGGAGGGGCCUCUGGUCUAGGCGCGGCGUUUGCGCGCGAGUGGGCCUCGCACGGCGCCUUCAUCUUCGUCGCGGACCUGGACGACAGACGCGGCGAGGAGCUGGCGGCCGAGCUGCGCCGCACCACCGGCAGCCCACACCACCACUACCAGCACUGCGACGUGACCGACUGGGCCAGCCAGGUCGAGCUCUUCAAGGCCGCGGUGCGCGCCAGCCCGACGGGCGGCAUCGACGCCGUCGUCCCGAACGCGGGCAUCGGGCACGACUCCGGCAGACCCGGCGAGCCGGGCAACUUUGGCGACCCGCUGGACCUGGACGGGGAGGCGCCGCCGCCGCCCAAGACAAAGGUGCUCGACGUCAACCUCACCGGUGUCUUGUACACGGUCCAGCUGGCCAUCUUCUGGCUGCUCAAGAACCCGGCGCCUCAGAAGGACGAGGAUCCAGAAGCGCCGGGAGCCCACGCGACAGACAGCGGCGAGACCAGCGAGGACAAGCAGAAACGCAUCGCCAGGUGGCACAAGCAGCGCGACCGCCACAUCCUCCUCAUGGGGUCCAUCGGCGGCAUCAUGCCGCUGGCGGGCUCGCCGCAGUACACGGCGUCCAAGCACGCGGUGACGGCGCUGUUCCGCUGCCUCCGCGUGACGUGCUUCUGGCGCGGCAUCCGCGUCAACAUGCUCAUGCCGUGCUUUGUCGACACGCCCAUGGUGCCCAACGGCGUCAUGUUCCUGCUGGCCGGGGGCGGCAAGGCGACGGUGGAGGACGUGGUGGAGGCCGGGACGCGGUUCAUGGCGGACAAGGACGUCUGUGGCAGGGCUGUGGUCGUGGGGCCGCGGAUGAAGGUCGAGGACCUCGGGAUCGAGGAGGGCCAGAGCGCGAGGAUCGUAGAGAUCGAGCCGGGCCGGACCAACACCGGCAGGGGUGGGGUUUGGCCCGGCAGCCAGGCGGCGUGGGAGUGCUACGCGCACGACUAUGAGAACUGCGAGACGUUUGUGUACCGGUACACGCGGGUGCUGGCCGGGUAUACUGUGCUGAGGGGGUGGGUGGGUUGGUGGAGGGAUGUUUUUGCCCUGAUGUUUAGAAAGUCAUCAGCCUGA